UGUUUUUAAAAUGACUAAGCCCUUUUGUCAAUAACGUUAUUCCUUUUGAGAUUUUUAGAUAAGUAUUUAUAAUUUUAUUUAAAUGAAUUACAUAUUAUGGGAGAAGAAGAUGAUCUUAAUACAUCUAUUGCACACAUUGUGUUAUGUUGUGUAGCCGGACAAAGUUUAGGGCGUGUACAUGCCAAAAGUUAUUCACACCCAGGGAUGCAUGCCAAUUUUUUCGUACAUGGAAUAUUGGGAUUCUUGCACUUCCAAAGCGGCAGAUUUAAUAAUGAUUUCAAAACAGCCUAUGUCAUCAGUUACAGCGCUAGUCGAUAUUUAGCACUGCCUUGUCUAAUGGCAGAUUUAUACCGUGGCGACCAAAGUUUAAGUACCGUCCAUCUUGUCUCUGGUUUGAUUCCAUUCGUGAUGGCGUUGGCAGGAAACGACAAUCCACAUUUAGGAAAUUUAAUGAUAGCAUGCAAUAUUGUAUCAUUGUGUGUUUAUUCUCAACAGAAUGAUAGGGUUUGGGGAUGGUAUACGGCUGGUGCGGGAGCUGUUGCAUAUUUUUUUACUCCUCAAAUUGGUCAAAAAGUCGCGUAUCCGCUGUUUCUUGCUCUUAUGGAAUACUGUGCAUAUAAAAUCUUCCGUAUUCAAUUCUCCUAGCCGUGAAUAAAAUAAUCACUGAAA